ACAGCGGAUCAGGUGAUGCCGCAGACCAGGAGGGAGGAUGCACCCCAAGAUCACAGCAACAAUACUUUGCAUGGUCAUUUCCAUAUUUUCCUUCAUGGUGGUGGAGGACCUCAUCUAGCUUUGUCCCGUCACUUGCCUUCCUCAUCUCGGGACAAUCUCAAUCCCAGCGUCGCACUGGCAGGACCUUUCUUCUCUUCCCCUCACAGCGGACGUGGAGAUGGGGAUAAAGGUAGAUUGUGUUGCUUUCCUAAGGACCCGCUGGAAGAUAUUGAUAAGUGGGGGGAAUCAGUGGACAAAGUCUUGAGCUCUAAAGCUGGACAGAUAGCCUUCGUGGAGUUCCUCAAGUCUGAGUACAGCGAGGAGAACAUACUGUUUUGGCUGGCAUGUGAGGAGUACAAAAACAUCAAGAACAGUCCGGAAAUGAUCUCCUCGGCCAACAGGAUCUACACAGAGUUUGUGCAGACAGAGGCACCUAGACAGAUUAACAUAGACUGCACUACAAGAGAAAACAUCACCAAGAACAUCUCGCAGCCCACACUGACGUCAUUCGACUCGGCGCAGAAGCUCAUCUACAGCCUGAUGGCCCGAGAUUGUUACCCCCGGUUCCUGAAGUCUGACGUCUACCAGGGUCUCCUCAUGAGAAAGGAACCCAGUUGACUCUUUUUGUUUAGUUUUGGUUUUCAAACCACCCCCCACUGCCCCCCUACCCUCAAACCUAUGGAUGAACCCCCGCACCAACCGCUAUGGUCCCCUCCUGGGACCAGUCCCCUCCUGGGACCAGUCCCGUCCUUGGUCCUGUCCCGGGUCCUGUCCCUCCUGGGUCCUGUCUCCUCUGGGAUCCUAUCUCCUCCUGGGUCCUGUCUUUCCGUGUGGCUAACUGGAUUACGCCAUAACACUGCCGCGUUCCUUUACAGCGCAUCAGAAGCAGCCGUUGUUGUCCUUGUGUGAUGGUUUAGCAGUACAUACCUGUAAUAUAGCUCAUGUCUGGUGUUUAGAUCAAGAAAAACAAACCAAAAAAAUGUUUUAUGUAACACAUUUUUCAUCCCCUUUAUUUAUAUUUUUUCUAUACACUAUACACAUGCAUUUCAAUACACAAGCAAUUUAUUGUAAAUAGUCUUAUUGACAUCCAAUCAAAUUUGAAUUGAAAAAAAAAAGCAUCUUUCACUUUUGAAAUGAA